UGUUCGGAUGAUAACAAACCAGAAUCAACCUCUUUAGAGUUUUCUUCUGUGGAGAAUAAUUAGUGUGCUUGGAUUGCCACGAUAGUAUUUGUGUGAUUCUUGGAUCAUGGCUUGUGGAAUACUUCCCUUCAGUCUUUGCGUGAAAUGGCGAACUGGCUGCGGACAAAACUGGCUGCUGCUCGUUUUCUUCUUGUAUCUCAACCAAAUGGUCGGUGGACAUAUCCGAUAUACAAUCCCGGAGGAGAUGAAGAAAGGUUCCCUUAUCGGAAAUGUAGCACAGGAUCUAGGUUUGGAUCUGAAAAGGCUCCGUUCAGGGCGGGCCCGUAUCGUGACCGGAGAUAGCAUCCAGUACACCGAGCUGAAGACAGACAAAGGGAUUCUCGUCGUGAAAGAAAUAAUAGACCGAGAGCAGCUUUGUGGAGAGGUCGAACCUUGCAGUUUCAGCUUUGAAAUAAUUUUGGAAAAUCCUAUGGAGUUGCAUCACAUAACAAUUGAAGUUUUAGACGUAAAUGAUCAUCCCCCGGUAUUUAAGAAAUCUGACAUUAUGUUAGAUAUAAGCGAGUCUGCUGUCCUCGGGGCGCGAUUUGUGCUUGACAGUGCAGAGGACCCUGAUGUUGGCAUCAAUGGUCUUCAGAAUUAUGUUUUAACCUCAAACGACAAUUUUGUUUUAAAGGAGCAUGUAAAUCCUGACGGGAGUAAAUAUGCAGAGAUGAUGCUUCAGAAGCAAUUAGACAGAGAGGAAGUUCCACAUCUGUUUUUAAAGCUUUUAGCAGUAGAUGGUGGGAGUCCACAGAGAUCUGGCACAGUGAAUAUAAACAUAAAUGUUCUUGAUGCAAAUGACAAUGCGCCUGUGUUUAACCAGUCAGUUUAUAAAGCAACGGUGAUUGAGAAUGCAGCAAAGGGCACUCAUAUUUUUUCUGUAAAUGCUACAGAUGCAGAUACCGGAUCAAAUAGUUACAUCACAUAUUCAAUUUCAAACGUGAAGAGCAAUGUAGCUGAUUUGCUGUCUAUUGAUCAAGUAACUGGUGCCUUAUAUGUUUCAGGUCCAAUGGAUUUUGAGAAGGAUAAAAAAUACGAGCUUAGAAUUGAUGCAAAGGAUCAGGGAGGUUUAACGGAUUCAUGUAAAGUUGUAAUAGAAGUGACUGAUGUAAAUGACAACGCCCCUGUCAUAAGCGUGAUGUCAUUCACUAGUCCUGUGUCAGAGGACUCUCCUCCUGGAACAACUAUUGGGAUCAUAAAUGUUAAAGAUCUUGAUUCAGGUGAUAAUGGACAAGUGAACUGUAGAAUUGAAGAAAAUGCACCUUUUAAGAUUAAAUCCAAUUUAAGAAAUUAUUACACUUUGGUCACAGAUACUGUAUUAGAUCGUGAAAGUGUUUCAGAGUAUAACAUCACUGUAGUUGUAACAGAUGCAGGAAUGCCUCCUCUCUCGUCAAAGAGAACCUUUCAUUUGAAGGUCUCUGAUGUGAACGAUAAUGCACCAGUGUUUCCACAAGGUGUUUAUAAUGCGUUUAUCACAGAGAAUAACUCUCCAGGUGUGUCUGUUAUCACACUGAGGGCCAGAGAUCCUGAUGAAAACCAAAACGCCAGAAUAUCUUAUAUUCUGGAAGACACUAAUAUCGGUGGAUCCCCAGUUUCUGGUUAUGUCUCAGUUAAUGCAGAAAGCGGAGUAGUGCACGCAGUGCGUUCAUUUGAUUAUGAGCAGCUGAAAGAACUGGUUUUUGUGGUCAAAGCGCAGGAUGGAGGCUCUCCUCCACUCAGUAGCAACGUGACAGUGAAAAUGAUUAUCCAGGACCAGAACGACAACCCCCCUCAGGUCCUGUACCCAGUCCAGACUGGUGGGUCAGUAGUGGCUGAGAUGGUGCCUCGUACAGCAGAUGUGGGUUACCUGGUGACUAAAGUGGUGGCUGUUGAUGUGGACUCUGGACAGAAUGCCUGGCUCUCGUAUAAACUGCAGAAAGCCACAGACAGGGCGCUGUUUGAAGUGGGCUUACAGAAUGGAGAAAUCAGAACUAUCCGCCAAGUGAAUGAUAAAGAUGCUGUGAAACAAAGACUGACUGUUAUAGUGGAGGACAACGGGCAGCCGUCUCGUUCAGCUGCAGUCAUUGUUAACGUGGCGGUGGCGGACAGCUUCCCUGAAGUGCUGUCUGAGUUCACUGACUUUACACACGACAAGGAGUACAAUGACAACCUGACUUUUUACUUAGUGCUGGCUUUGGCUGUAGUGUCCUUCCUCUUCAUCACGUGUGUGGUGGUUAUUAUAUCAGUGAAAAUCUACAGAUGGAGACAGUCUCGCACCCUGUUUCACUCCAACCUCCCUGUGAUUCCAUAUUAUCCACCACGUUACUCAGACACUUUGGGCACAGGGACUCUCCAGCACGUGUACAAUUACGAGGUGUGCAGGACGACUGACUCCAGAAAGAGUGACUGUAAGUUCGGCAGAGCUGGUAGUCAGAACGUGCUGAUAAUGGACCCCAGUUCUACAGGGACCAUGCAGCGGAUACAGAGUGAGAAGAGCAUCCUGGAUGAACCAGACUCUCCUCUAGAGGUCAGUUAA